AUGCUGCGGGCUGGGGUCCACAGCCAGCGGGAUUGGACCCGAACAUCCCGCCCAGACACGAAUGUCACAGCUGGCCCCCACAGCCAGCGGGAUUGGACCCGAACAUCCCGCCCGGACACGGAUCUCACAGCUGGCCCCCACAGCCAGCGGGAUUGGACCCGAACAUCCCGCCCAGACACGAAUGUCACAGCUGGCCCCCACAGCCAGCGGGAUUGGACCCGAACAUCCCGCCCAGACACGAAUGUCACAGCUGGCCCCCACAGCCAGCGGGAUUGGACCCGAACAUCCCGCCCGGACACGAAUGUGGCUUUUUGUGGGUCCCCUCCCCGUUCCCCCGUGGCGGAUUACGAGGCGGAGCAGCGCGACCCGCUGUGGAUGAAGGGCAGCAAUGGCCUGGGGGCUGGCAAGCAGAGGAAGAGGAAGGAGAAGGAGAAAGACAAGGCCCACAUCCUGGAGCAGAUGGUGAGCAGCAAGAAGCAGGAGGAGGAGGAGAAGAAGCACGGGCUGGACGAGCGGACCCCUUCCUGCGAGAAGAUGCAGGAGAAGCAGCAAAUGGAGCAGAUCCUGAAGAAAGCAUUGAAAACCCACAAGCAGCGAGUGGAGGACUCCAACAGGCACUUGGAUACUCUGACUGAGCUUUAUGACAUUCCCAAAGUCAGCUGGACUAAAUGACCAGGCUGCUUUUCACGGCUCUGGAGC